AUGGAUAAAUAUACGACCUUAAUUAACGAUGAGAAUUUUUCAACUUUUACAUUGAAUGUCUCAAGAUAUCCCAAAAGUCUGGUAUAUUGGGAGAGGUUACUGAACUAUAUAGUAAAUGCUUCCACACCAAUAUGCAAGUCCACUGAGCCUCAACUACUAGAGCUAAUACGUUAUACCUAUUCUUCCAUGUUAAAUGUGUUUCCCUAUUUAGAAAAUUACCAUAUCGAUUUCGCACUCUUAGAGUACAAAUUAGGAAAUGUUUCUACAUCGCACAAGAUAUUUCAACGUGGAUUACAAGCCUUCAAUCAAAGAUCUUUGCUACUGUGGACAUCAUACCUAAAAUUCUGUAAUAACGUUAUCCUAAAUCAGAAGCAAUUGUUUAAAAAAUAUGAAACAGCUGAAAAAUACGUUGGCUUGCAUUUUUUCAGUGGGGAAUUUUGGGAUUUGUAUCUGGAGCAAAUUCGAUCAAGAUGUGUUUCAUCUAGGAGAUAUUGGAGCGUCUUAAGAAAGAUACUUGAAAUCCCCUUGCACUCUUUUUCCAAAUUUUAUGCGUUGUGGUUACAACAUAUAGACGAAGUAAUGGAUCUGAAACAACUGUCACAACUAACUAGUAAAGACGAACUAUUGAAGAAACUUAAAAUAGAUAUCACAUAUAGUGGAAGAAAAGGUCCAUAUCUACAAGAUGCAAAGAAGAAGUUAAAGAAAAUAACCAAGGAAAUGUAUAUGGUUGUUCAAUAUCAAGUACUUGAAAUUUAUUCCAUUUUUGAAUCCAAUAUAUACACUAACUAUUACACCUCACCAGAAACCGUGGCCUCUUCCGAUGAAAUAGAGACAUGGAUAAAAUAUCUGGAUUAUACUAUUAAUUUACAAACCGAUUCUUUAAUCCACCUAAACUUUCAAAGAGCUUUACUUCCUUUGGCCCAUUAUGAUAUUAUAUGGAUAAAAUAUUGUAAAUGGUUAAUUCAUGAAAAAGAUGACCUUGUAGGCGCCAAAAACAUUCUGUUAACGGGACUGAAAUUUUCUUUGAAAAAAACCAAAAUAAUAAAGCUACUGUAUUCAGUCACUUGUAAAUUAAAUGACUACGAACUUUUACGAAAUCUAUUGGAAAAAAGUGACUCCUCGUAUUCUGAUAAUAUCGAAAAUGUUGAUGAUUUUGAAAUAUUUUGGGAUUAUCUUCAGUUCAAAACUUUUUGCCAAAAUUCUUUAUAUUCAAGUCGAUAUUCUGAUUCUCAAUCGAGUGGCCUAUUGAAUAAAGAGGUGUUUGACAAGGUAUGGAAACGUUUGAGUUAUAAAGACGAAAAGAGCGGUCAAGAAAUUUUGUUGAAUUACUUGAUACAGUUUUAUUCGAAGGACACCGUAGAGUUUGUAGAAAAAAACGUAUUUCAAAAAAUAAUUGCAUAUGGUUGGGAAUAUUACUUACAGAAUGGUACUUUUUGGCACUGUUAUUGCCGUUUAGUGUAUUUUGAUACCUCCAGGUCGUAUUUGGAUAAGAGGCAAUAUAUUGUUAAAAGAAUAUGGCCCAAAAUAGACAAAAAAUCCGCACAGAAUGUUCUGCCAUCUUUAACAGAAUUCUGUCAAUCAUACUUUCCAGAAGAGCUGGAUACAUUAGAAGAAAUGUUUGCUCAAGAACCUUAG